CAUUGAGCUGUCAAAGCUUCGCGCCACGUCCCGGGAUCGUACUCUGAUAUGACUCACGUCUGUGGCCACAUCUGACCAUACGCAUCACGGGAGGAUGCUUUGCAACCGAAUCCUGCUUCACCGCAACCCCCACGGAGCCAAGCCCCUAAUCGCCUCCCGGUUCACACGGACCUUCUUCUGCAGUAAGGUUAGGUCUUCUCGCCUCACAAUGGGCUCGCACGAGGGUCGUGUAGACCCGGAAUCCAUUCCCUCAAGCAAGUUCGGCUCCGGGAAUCCCCACACGCAGAGCGCUGAUGACACACAGGGCAUCGUCACCGGCUGCGAUGAGCUCAAGGCGGGGGAGCCGGCGCCAGGUGCCGUACAGGAGCUAGUCCAAGAUGUCGUACAACAAGACCGUGAGGAGAAGCAGCAGCAGGAGCAGCAGGGGGAGAAGCAGCAGCAGGAGCAGCAAGGCCGGCGGCUCGGCAUGCCGCCCGAUGGCUCGGCCGCAGCCACAGGAGGGUACGGAAAGGAGGAUUGCUGCUAGGGAGCUGUGGUGCUUUAGUGCACUAUAGGAGAUGGGCUGGCUGUCAGCGGCAGAAGUGCGACGAAGUUUGUGCUCCUUUCUAGCGGUACUUUGAAGUCGAGUAUGCAGUGGGAGGCAGCCGGCCCUACCAACGCUGUAUUGCGUGUUACGGCUUGCAUUGCGUGUUGAAGCGUGUGUCGUUUCAAUUAACACCGGUACUCGCGUUGAGGAUGGGUAUUUGCGGAUUAGGAGGGCCCCUAGCCCUGACUCGAGCCAUGAAGGGGACGGCAGAUGGUUGUUGGUACCACCGUAAGCUCGUUGCGGCAUUGUUGUAACAGUUGAAAUUG